AUGUGGGCUUUUGGAAAUAUCGCUGGAAAAUCAGCUGAAUUCAGAGAUACAAUUUUAAAUCACGAAAAAAUCAAUUAUGUUUAUGAGUUUUUGGCUGGAAUGAACGUUUAUAGGCCAAGAUUGAUAAAAACGCUGUCAUGAGCAGUAUCAAACUUCAUAAGAGGAAAGCCUCAGCCCAAACUCGACAAGGUGAUACCUUUAUUUUCAUUUUUAGAAAGAGUCAUUUUAGCGAUAUUUGAUGAAGAAUCCGUUACAGAUGCAACUUGGGGAUGCUCCUAUCUUACAGAUAUAGAUGGAAGUUUACCAAUUUUCCAAAAUGAAUUACUCCGUCCUAAAUUAACUCUAUUUUAGCUACAUCAUUAUAAUUCCUUAUUUCAUUAAAAAAUAGUAAAAUCAAUUAUAUAGAUCGCUCUAAAUAUCCCAGCACAGUACAUUUUUAGGAAGAAUAAUCCGGCAGCUCUCCAGUAAUAAUGCUUCUUUACAAGUUUCUUCUCUCCGGACACUUGGCAAUAUUUUAUCAUCAUUACCCAAUUCCUACGAUAUUAUGUUCAGACUUGGACUUUUAGAUAAAAUUGACGAAUUAAUAUUAAGUCCAAAAAAACGUGUAAAAAAAGAAAUCUGCUGAAUGCUGUCUUACUUACUUAAUUAGAUAUCACGUUUAACGUCCCCCACGGGGUAGGCAUUCUGAAGACCACGGCCACCUCUUGACACAUAGGGAUCUGAAAGCACAGCCUCCAGGUUCGACCGCCCAGCGCAUCACUUACCUCUAGGUGACGUCACCGAAUUCAACGGCUCAUGAGUGAGCGAUUUCUCAAAAAAUGAGUUUUUUGACCGACUCUCGGCAAAAAGGGGGAGCACAUGACCUGGGACAUAAGGCCCAGUUUCACACUAGGGACUUUGCUGGGCUUCCCCUUUCCAGCCUCUGUGACUUCCUUCCUCACGAGAUAAAAUCUAUCCCAGAUGCUGAGCAUUGGUCAGGCUCUGCCAUGCAGAAUUGCUUAUUUGGCAUAUAUUCUUAUAGAAAUUGCCCGAGGAUGGCGCUAUUUUGCGCCAUCCUCGGGCAAUUUCUAUAUUUCCAGAAUGGCAAAACCUUGCCGGAUAUAAUUUAAAUAUGUGUUCGGAAGCUGCAUGGCCGGAGGCCAUGCUAGGGUGAAAACGCCAUAUUUUAAUUAUUUGCUGAAUGCUGUCAAAAAUUUGUGCAGAAAAAAAAGCUGUUGAAGGGCUAUUAGAAAGAAAAGUUUAUGAGAAAUUGUUGAAGAUAUUAAAAAAAGAUUGUGAAGACGUUAAAAAGGAAGCUAUAUUAUUAAUAGGGAAAACAGCCACAGUUUGCGAUGCAAAUCAAGCUAGAAGGGUGGCCCAAAUAGGGUUGAUUGGAGAAAUGAUAAGUUUGGUAGAUAAAAUGAAAGCGUCACAGAAAGUUAUACUUGAAGGGCUGACUGAAUAUUUUGAAAAAGAUAAAAAUAUUGUGGGGAGUGAGGACAGAAUUAGGCUGAUUAGGGUGUUGAAUAGAAUGAUUGGGGAAGGUGAAAAUUCUGAUAAGGCAAUGAGCUUGGUGCUAAUGCUGCUUGAUAUCAAUAAUGAAAAUAAUUAA